AUGCCUGCCGACUACGAAUCUACCGCCCGGGCCCUGUCCCUUCCAGUCUCCGAACCCCCCGAAGAGACCGAGUCGCCCUUAUUUGCCGGCAUUCGUCCGCCAUGGAGUCAAUCACCAUUGACGAGACGCGGCUCGCUGCCUCUCUCCGCCAGAGACGCAGUCUCAUUCCGAGACCGCAUGAUCAACAAGGCCGAAUCCAUGCAUCGCACAUUGAGGGAACGGUGGAGUAAGAUGACUCUCAAGCAGAAGCUUGUAGCCGCGCUGGCCGGAUUCUUGAGUGCCGUGGCAGGCUUGGCGUUUAUGAUUUUUGCUGGUCAGAUCUUUGUCUGGCUAGGACCGGUCGCUGAGAAAUGGGAGCACGCGCCCUUGGCCUACUUUGUCGUAUGGGUGUCUGUCAUUCUUGUCUCGUUUCCUCCCAUGGUGGGCUGGUCGACACUGGGCACUAUUUCUGGCUUUCUUUUUGGCUUCUGGAAAGGAUGGAUUGUUUUCUCUACUGCCACUGUAGUUGGCUCGACUCUUUCUAUAAUAUUAUCACGCACGGUGCUGUCGAACCUGGUUCAUCGGUUGCUAGAGCACGACAAACGAUUUGCCGCGCUUGCACUGACACUCAAAUAUGACGGCCUCAAACUUUUAUGCAUGAUUCGACUAUGCCCCCUGCCAUAUUCAAUUUGCAAUGGCGCCAUGUCGACGUUUCCCACUGUCCAGCCACUCAGCUACGGGCUGGCUACUGCAAUUAUAUCGCCAAAGUUUAUGGUGACUGCUUUCAUUGGCAGCCGGAUACGAGUGUUGUCGGAGAAUAACGAAGAGAUGAGCGCGGGAUCCAAAGCAAUAAACAUUAUCAGCAUUUUGGUUUCUAUUACAGUUGGUAUUGGCACUGGUAUAUAUAUCUAUAGGAGAACGCUGGCGCGUGCGCAGGAGCUCGAGGAACAAGAACGAGCCGGCAUCCGACAAUCAUUAGACAACGACCACGCUGCAGGGCGUCGUCGCCAUAGCUUCUCAGACGACCGGGACGAGAACACAGCGGCCACAACGCUGGCCCGCGAUGAGGAGGAACGGCUUGGGUUUCACGAUUUUGAUGAAGACCAUGUAGACCUUGUUGUUGAGGGAGAUGACUUGAACGUUCACGGCAACAGACCGUACCAAGACGAGUUCACUGAUAACGACUCUGAUGUCUUCCAAGACGGUGACGGGCCGGAAUCGGAAUCUUUCGGUCUCCAUACCCACGUACGGAAUUAG